CAAAAAGCCUUUAUAGUUUCUCUGCCUCACUAAAAACCUUAAAGAAAACCCUAAUCUCUCCUUCUUUUUCCAAAACAAAAUCCAAAUCUAAGUAUGUCUGGAGAAGAAGAAGAAAACGCUUCCGAGCUCAAAAUCGGCGAUGAGUUUUUGAAGGCAAAGUGCUUGAUGAAUUGUGAAGUAGCGUUAAUUCUUGAACAUAAAUAUGAGCAGCUUCAGCAGAUGUCCAGUGAUCCAAUGAACCAAGUUUCUCAGGUAUUUGAGAAAUCGCUGCAGUAUGUGAAGCGCUUUAGCCGCUAUAAAAAUCCUGAUGCUGUCAGACAAGUUCGAGAGAUCUUAAGCCGGUACCAGUUGGCUGAAUUUGAGCUAUGUGUCCUUGGCAACCUUUGCCCUGAAACAGUGGAGGAAGCUAUCGCCAUGGUGCCUUCUAUCAGGACGAGAGGACGGGCUCAUGAUGAUGAAGCAAUUGAGAAAAUGUUGACUGACCUGUCGAUGAUCAAGAAAUUCGAAUAGCCGCCUCAGCAUCUGUUCUGAGAGUUUCUUAUCAGUAGCUAUGUAAUUCUAAAUCUGUCAUGGCAAAUAAUUCAUUCAGUAUUGGCAUGGUCUUGAAAUCUUUUACAUGGAAGCUUGUUCUGUAAAUCCAGCUGCUGAAGGUUUUUUUCUUUUUCCUCUGAAUCUAAGAUUCUAAUUUUGUUCAACUCAAAACAGGACCUAAUUUAAGUAAAGGUUAAUUACAUGUAGUGUUUAUGCUAUUCA